AUGACGCUUAGAUGGACUAACGACUGUCCUUUACGGGUAAGCCUCUUUUACAUACCAACAAAUAUCUGGCAGAUGCUUGAUUCAACGAAAGAGGAGGCCCUCGGCAAACACUGGAGCGACCUCAUGCAUUGCUACAGCCAAAUGAACUUCACAAAGAGUGGAGAUCAACUAGCUGCUAUCCACGGAAUUGCAACAUAUCUAUCGUGUCGUCAUGAAGUGCGCGAAAGAGAACAGCGAUCCAAGACUGAUGACUUCCCCAGUUGGUCCUGGGUCUCAGCUAAGGGAGUUGUUGAAAUUUCACACGGUCACCACAACAACGAAACUUCGUGGAUGAAAUGGAUUGGCGGAUUCCCAACAGACAACAAGAUACAAGACUUCAAGAAAAUUGUAAACCGACAGAUCCAUUUCUCGGCACCUCUGGUACCGCUCACGGCUGAAAGGGAUGCCGAACAGUACAAUUCGCACUGGACAUCAUUCGUACUCUCCACCAUAUGGCCGGGAAAUGAACUUUACAUUUCCUUUGACUAUUCUGAAUCUGAACUUGUCUAUUUCAAAGAGUCAUAUCUGUUGUUCCUGCUGGAGGCGCGCAAUCACUAUGUCGACAUGGUCAUUCUAAAAGGAAUUGUAGUAAAAUGCUCUUGGAUGGAUGGCGAUAAUAUGUAUCAGCGGAUUGGGAUGUUAAGCAUCUCAGACAAGGACAUGGGAGUAGGAUUUGAAUGUUUAGACUCUCGUUACUUAGAGGACUGGAGAACUGACGUUAUUCUAGUGUAA